AUGAACAUCACAGACUAUGCCCUCAGGCCAGAAACCGUUGUUCCAGACCGCGGAGCGGUGGACAAGGCGUCGGUUUCCCAUGAGGAAGCUAUCUACAGAGCCUCGUUGACCGAAGAAGAGAAGGUCAUUGAGCGCAAACUGCGCGUUCGCAUUGACUCAUUGAUUAUGCCCCUGGUUGUGUUGGUGUACUUGUUGAAUUAUAUUGACCGGAAUAAUUAUGCCGCCGCAAAGCUUCAGGGCCUCACAGAGGAGCUUCAUCUCACAGAUACACAAUACCAAACGGGUUUAUCGGUCCUCUUCGUUGCCUAUAUCCUGAUGCAAGUUCCAAGUAAUUUACUUCUCAACUACAUGGGUCGCCCAUCUCUCUAUCUGGGAUUUUUCGUUUGUGCAUGGGGUCUCGUGUCAGCUCUGACGAGCCAGGUUAAGAGUUAUGGUGGUAUUGUGGCGUGUCGCUUUCUGCUGGGACUGGUCGAGGCCCCCUUCUUCGCCGGCGUGCUCUUUUACCUAUCGAAGUGGUACACGAAAAACGAAUUGGCAUUCCGAAUGAGUAUCUUCUACUCCGGAUCUUUGAUCAGUGGUGCCUUUGGAAAUCUCAUCGCCGCUGGAAUCCUCAACGGACUCAAGGGAAAGCGUGGAAUGUCAGCGUGGCAAUGGCUAUAUAUCAUCGAGGGUUCCAUUACCGUCUGUGUUGGGCUCUUGAUCAUCUGUAUUCUCCCCGACUUCCCAGAGACGUGGAAAUUGCUCACCCCUGAGAUGCGUCGCGUUGCCGAACGACGCCUUGCGAUUGAGGCCGCCGAAGCGGACGUGGAUGAGCAGGGCGGAAUGAGCCAGCUGAAGGGCUUAAAAUUGGCGAUGACAGACAUCAAGACAUACGUCCUGGCUCUCGGUUACAUGUGUAUCACCGGAGCCGCUGGCUUCCAAAACUUCUUCCCAACAUUGGCCGAGACUCUCGGCUACAGUGACACCAUCUCUCUCCUCUUAGUCGCGCCACCAUACGUCUUCAUGGUAUUCUACAGUCUUGCCCACUCCUGGUUGUCAGACAAGAUGGAAAUCCGAUUCUGGUUCUUCGUUUACCCGAUUGUGAUCACCAUCGUCGGCUUCGUUAUCUUCAUGACUGUCGGCUCUUUCGGUCCCCGCUACUUUUCCAUGUUCUUGAUGGUUUUCGUAUUCGCCCAGAACGGCACUCUCUACUCCUGGAUUGCCAACGCUAUUCCACGGCCCCCUGCUAAGCGUGCCGCGGCCUAUGCUUUCAUCAAUUCAAUUGGUAACUCGGCUAGUAUCUGGACACCUUACACCUACAUUGCGGCCGAGGCACCUUACUAUCAUACCGCAUUGGGUGUGUGCAUCGGUCUCCAAGCGAUUGGCGGAAUGUGUGGUUUGUUUAUGUAUCUCAACCUGCGUAUGCUCAAUAAGCGACAGGAGCGCUUGGAGAACGAGGAUCAUCAGCUUACUGAUAAGGAGCUUCGUCGGCUGCAGGUCACGGCGGACUUUGAGGGAAUUGACCUUGCUUCUGCACGGCAGUUGCAGAAGGGAUUCAGGUACAUUCUCUAG